GGUCAGUCCCUGGGGGAGGCGGGCCUGGGUGAGGAGGCCCCGCGGUGAAGGCGGAGAGCUCGUAAGCCGCUAGGCCUCGGCCGCGUCCCUGCAGCCACAUGGCCUCCGGAGUGGGCGCGGCCUGCGAGGAGCUGCCUCCCGACGGCACGUGUGACGAGUGCGAGCCCGACGAGGCGCCCGGGGCGGAGGAGGUGUGCCGCGAUUGCGGCUUCUGCUACUGCCGCCGCCACGCCGACGCGCACCGCCAGAAGUUCCUCAGCCACCGCCUGGCCGAGUACGUCCAUGGCGCCCAGGCCUGGACCCCGCCAGCCCGCGAGGACGACGUGGUCCCCGAAGACGUCGAGGCCAAAGGGGAGCCCGAGGGAGAGGUAGAGAGCGAGGUGGGCGAAGAAGAGAGCGAGACGGAGGAAGACAGUGGGUCGGAAGAAGAGAGCGAGACCGAGGAAGACAGCGAGGAUGAGAGUGAUGAGGAGAGCGAGGAAGACAGCGAGGAAGAGAUGGAGGACGAGCAGGAAAGCGAGGCGGAGGAAGACAACCAAGAAGGAGAAUCCGAGGCAGAAGGAGAAACCGAGGCAGAAAGCGAAUUCGACCCCGAAAUAGAGAUGGAAGCGGAGAGAGUGGCCAAGAGGAAGUGUCCGGACCAUGGGCUGGAUUUGAGCACCUAUUGCCAGGAAGACAGGCAGCUCAUCUGUGUCCUGUGCCCAGUCAUUGGGGCUCACCGGGGCCACCAGCUCGCCACGCUAGAUGAGGCCUUCGAAGAACUGAGAAGCAAAGAUUCCGGUGGACUGAAGGCAGCUAUGAUAGAGUUGGUGGAGAGGUUAAAGUUCAAGAGCUCAGACCCUAAAGUAACUCGAGACCAGAUGAAGUUAUUUAUACAACAAGAAUUUAAGAAAGUUCAGAAAGUGAUUGCUGAUGAGGAGCAGAAGGCCCUUCAUUUAGUGGACAUCCAAGAAGCAAUGGCCACAGCUCAUGUGACUGAGAUACUGGCGGAUAUCCAAUCUCACAUGGAUAGGUUGAUGACUCAGAUGGCACAGGCCAAGGAACAACUUGAUACCUCUAAUGAAUCAGCUGAGCCAAAGGCAGAGGGUGAUGAAGAAGGACCAAGUGGUGCCAGUGAAGAAGAGGACACAUGAAGACUUCCCAUCCCUCGUGGAAAACACCCCUUCCCUGUGUGUAUGUGACAGCGUGUAUGUAAUGGCUUCUGAUAUCUGUGAAAGCUGCCUGGCAACAAACUUCUUCCACUGGAUAUGUCCCCAGGUCCACAGCAGGCACACAUGUCUUCAAGGGACAACAAGUUUUAUGCAUACUGACUGUGUGCUUCUUGUUCUUGUGUGGUAGGUCACAGGAAGAGUUACUUUGGUCAGCUUGGAGGCUCUUCAGGCAACUUCCCAAAGGCCACUUUGAACUGACUUACUCAGGAAAGCCAGUCCCUGAAAUAUUGUGCAAGUCAACAAACAGUAUCAGUUCACUCCUUAGGAAGGUUCUAGAAUACCUUGAAAGGAAAUCAGUUUUUUUCCUUAUCUGCAAACAGAAAACCCACUUUGUUGGUACUGAAGCUGAAAGCAGGACCACACUGACUCAUUAGACAGUCUCUCGUAAUCCAGUUCUGCCUUUGUGAAAGACAUUAGGGCAGCUGGGUGGAAAAUGGGCUUGAAGAGAGAGUCCAGAGCUAGAAAAGAAGAUAUUUUUAGUAUGUGAGGUUAUCUAGGACUUCAGAUUCAUAAUUCAGUGCUGUGGAAAUGGAAAAAGUGAUUGAAGAGGUAGGAAGGGAAUGACUUUAAGGAGUGUGAGGGGAAAGGAGCAAAGAAAUCUGAUUAAAAAUUGAAAUCAGUGUUUCAGAA